AUGGGUCACGCGUUCUACAGACACAAUCAUAUCACGAUCGAACUGACCACAGCCGAUUGUUUAUAUGCGGACACGACCGAGCCAAUUUUCAUUCAAUUUUUCGUGCUCAACGACCGAGAAAUCGUGGAGAAAAGCGAGAAAUUCGCGUUGACAAAAAGGGGUGACAAGCAACUCUGCACGAAUCUUUCCUUUGUUGGACUUUUCGCUGGCGAGAAAGGCAACGAGCAUGUCGGGUUCGACACAUGGAACGCUAACAAUAUCACCAUCACUUUUCAUUUCGACAAUCAGAUUCACAACUACAAUUUCGACUUCAGUCCAGAGGGCGGAGACUGCAUUCGACCGUUGCACUUUUGGUCACCCGAGUUUUGGCACAGAUAUGGUCCAGGAGCCGAGUUUGAGGAACGAGCAGAAGAGUACUCGAUCGGCGAAACUGUCAUGAAUCCCACAUAUCUCUUUUUC